CGUCGUCGUCGUCGUCGUCGUCGUCGUCGUCGUCGUCGGCGUACUCUCUUCGUCAUUCUCUGGGGCGUAGCCUCCGCACAGCUUGGAUGGGCGGUCGGUUUUCGCCUCUUGAUAGGUUACAGGGGCUCCUCCCUCCUCCCUCCUCCGCGUACGAGGGGGUCCACUUGGUCGGCCUCCGAACAUGCUGGAGGUUCUCCGAAAAAACAUGUGGCCAUCUCCUACACCGAGAGCGCCCGGGAACCUUUGAGAACCUCCAAGAUCUUCCGAUCAUCGCCGAGGACCUCCCGGAGACCGCCCCAGACACUGCGAGGACCUCCCCGCGCCCCGAUCCGAUGCCCUGCGAGCACGGCUUGCGCAAGGCCAACGAGGGGACCUAGAGGGUACCUUUCCUUCUUCGUGCUGGAGCGUUUAUCAUCGUGGGUAUCUGCGUAGGCCUUCGGCCUUCGGUGAGGGAGCCUAUGUUCUUGAUGGCAAGGUUACGUUUGUAGUAUCAUGCCGUCGCCUAUGGCGGCAGGAUGCAGCGGUCAGGGUCCGUCACCGACACCAAGCUCGGGUGCUCCGACGAGAUGGGCUGCAGCGCGCUGGUGGACAGCGGGACGUCGCUCCUUGCCGUUCCCAAGGAGGUCCUGAGCAAGAUUCAGAACCUCAUGACCGAGCUGGACGCGGAUUGCUCCAGGCUGCACGAGCUGCCCAACCUCGUCUUCGAGAUGGGAGGCGGGCUGCUCUCGCUGCCCCCGGACUCCUACAUGGCGGAGGUGAAGGGUGCCCCGCCGAAGAACCUCGCGAGCUUGAACCUCAUGAGGCUUGGUCCCGAGUUCCAGACCUCUGUGAACAGCACCCUCCUUCGUGAAGAGGAAGAAGCACCCAAGUGCAAGGUGCUGCUCAUGGAGUCCUACAUGGAAUCGGAGCAGGGGCCCGUCUGGGUGUUCGGGAUGCCGUUCUUCAGGAAGUACUACACCACCUUCGAGGUGGGCGAGGACCGGUCCUCGCGCGCGCUGCACAUCUCCGAGGCCAACGACGACUGCUUCCCCACGGAGCGCGCCUCGCUGGCCCGCAGCAGGCCGCACGCGGGGCGUGUCGUCGACAUCAGGCGCGUCCACGCGCCCGCAAUGCUCAAGAACUUCUCGGGCAGGGUGCGCCUGUGAGGGGCCUGGCGGCUGUGCGGGCGCCCCCGCCGCCGCAGGAGCCCGCCCACCCCUGGCGUUGCGCCCCUCCGCGGAGCCCCCCUCGCCUUGGCGCGGGGGGCGGCCCGCCGGUUUCGUGCCGGAGUGCCCUUGUGCGGCCGGGCGUUCCGAGAAAGCAGCGAGGUAGGGCGCGAGCGGCGCGGCCGCCGCCAGGCGCCCGGACAUCCGACGUGGUGAACAAGUCAAGAUGGAGGGUUAUCGUCGUUUUCGGCCUCCAGGUGCCCUCGUUGGGCCCCAGGACCA